AUGGGGCAGAAACUCUUCCGACUCCACCCGCAGCUCGGGACGUCACCUCUUUACCUCGCUGCCCAGCACGGCCACUACUCGACAGCACAAGUGCUGCUUCGAGCUGGUGUGAGCAGAGAUGCCCGAACAAAAGUGGACCGGACGCCGCUACACGUGGCCGCGGCUGACGGACACGCUCCCCUCGUAGAACUGCUAAUCAGGAACGGGGCCGACGUAAACGCCAAGGACGUGCUGAAAAUGACGGCGCUGCACUGGGCGACAGAGCGCAACCACCGCCACGUCGUAGAGCUGCUCAUCAAGUACGGAGCUGACGUCCACGCUUUCAGCAAGUUCGAUAAAUCGGCUUUUGAUAUUGCUUUGGACAAGAACAAUCCAGAGACUCUGGUAAUGCUCCAGGAAGCGAUGCAGAACCAGGUGAGCCCUCACCCAGAGGGAACGAGUCCUGUCCCCAACGCGGUGACUCUCGCCUCGCCGUUCAUUCUUGCACCGGGGGAAGUUCUCAGCUUGAGCCGUCUCGUCUCUUCAGCAAAUGCCGAAACAACCCCAGGCGACUCGAACCUCUCCCCGGUGCAGUUCUCCAACUCGACCACCUCCGUGCUCGCCACGCUCGCGGCCCUUGCGGGAGUUUCGGCCCCGCUUUCCAACGGUGACGCAG